AUGACCUUAGCUCAGGUGAAGACUACAUAUGUUACCAGUGCGGUAGGUAUCAGGGUGUUUGCAUUUGUGUGGUUGUCGGUGCAGGUGGAGAGGAGGGGUCUAGAGUCUCACCUGUUAGAGUGUGAGUUCCGCAGCAGGGCGUGUCCUAGCGGCUGUGGCCACACCCUCCUCUCUGUAGACCAAUCACAGCACAACUGUGUUGCGGAGCUACGAACAGAAUUGGAGCUGCUCAGGGCAGAGAUGUUGGAUAAGGUGGAGGAGGUGAGGCGUGAGAUGGAGUCGAGGCUGGACUCUCAGAGGAGACACAUGGUGCAGAAAGAGUCUCUGCUGAAGAGCGAGGUGGAGGACCUCAAGGGCCAGGUGUCGAGGGUGAUGUGUGAUGUGCGGGCUCUCUUGGGGGCAGAGCGCCUGCGGAGACAGGAGCUGGCAGAAGCGGAUCUAGAGAAGAGGGAGCUACUGGAGAUGCUCCGGAGCCUGCAGCCAUGCAGGGGCCAGCGGAACAGAGACGAGCCAAUCAGAGGACUGCAUCAAGAAGAUGGGACAAUUAGGAGCCAGCUUCAAGUAGAACACCCAACCAGGGGCUUGCUGAGCCUUAUACCCGCCUACCUCCCCACAGCCAGGGGAGGGGUCACGCAUGGCCCGCCCCUAAGCAGCCUUACCCUCGACUGCAUCAAGAGCAGAGAGGUCACCGUCAUCUGA